AUGGAGCUACAAACAGAGGAUGAAUAUGAACAAUUAAAGCGCUUUCAGAUUGAGCUCGAGUUUGUACAAUGUCUGGCCAACCCAUGGUACUUGCACCAUCUGGCUCAGCAACAGUAUUUCAAUCAGGAUUCAUUUGCUCGUUAUCUUGACUAUCUCCAAUACUUUAGAAAGCCGGAAUAUGCCAAAUUUAUCAUUUAUCCUCAUUGCUUGCACUUUCUGACGUUGUUACAACAUAAAUCGUUUCGUGACCACCUUGCUAAACAGGAUACGGCAACUUUUGUCCAUGAACGACAAUACUAUCAUUGGCAGUAUUUGCGAAAUCAGGAUAAAGUUGUUAGGAUGGAGAUCAUGCCUGAUGGAUCUCUUGUGGAAAUCAAAAAUGAGCAAGAUGCAGUGGUAGCCAGACCAGUAACUCCUUCACAGAGUCAGCCACAACCACAACCACAAGUACAAUCACAUGGCCUGACACAGAUGCAAACAAACAUAACAGGUUCCGCGCCGUCAGACGGGUCGAGCGAUCAGCAGCGAUCAAAUGCAACUACACCCGGAGCAGCGGCCACACCAGGUGCAAGGCCAAAUGGAUCUAGUUCAAUAUAG